AUGGCCACUUUGCAGGCUUCCAUUAGCCGUUCCAACUUCAAUCUUGCGUCCUCAUACAAACCCGCUCUAGUUACAGUCAUACAGCCGUCCCGCCCGGCCCAACGGCGCUUCACAAACCGUUUCUCUGCAUCAAGCUUCACAACCGCUUCACCCGCCCACAAGGAGGCCCAGCAAAACUCCAAAAAUGAAGGCCCGUCCGAUCUGGACCCUAGAUCCACCGAAAGCACAAACAGUGGUACACACGCAGAAGUCGCUAGCCAGCAGACUGCUUUCAUCCCAUCUGACACUGCUCCUGAGUCCGAGCUCGAGGAAGUCCGUCAGCAAUCGGCUGAGGACAAUGGCGCCGGCGCCAAUGCGAGUAGCAAGGAGAACAAGCGCGCUAAGAACCCAAGCCCGGCUAAUCGGGAUGUGUCAAUUUCGAAGGACGAAUGUGGUAAAGAGCCUAGUAGUAGGCGCGCCUCGCCAACGAAGGGGAAAGAAGUAUAA